UCCAAAGGUUGCGCUCGCAAACGCACUUCCUUCACAUCGUCGACCCCACCUUCACCGAUCACCACGAGGGUUACAACCACCAAAAAAAAUCAAAGUAAAGAAGUAAAGAACCGAAAAUGACCAAACCCAACAAUCAACCCCUCAUAGCUAUCGGCUUCGAAGGCAGCGCCAACAAACUAGGCGUCGGCAUAAUAUCCCACGACCCUUUCACCAAAAAAUCCAGCAUCCUCGCCAACGUCCGCGACACCUUCGUCUCCCCACCCGGCACCGGUUUCCUCCCCAAAGACACAGCCCGCCACCACCGCGCGCACUUCACACGUCUGGCGCGAAAAGCCCUCUCCGACGCCGGCAUCACAGACCCAUCAACGCAAAUAUCAUGCGUAUGCUACACGCGCGGUCCCGGCAUGGGCGCACCCCUCCAAUCCGCCGCCGUAGGCGCGCGCACAAUAUCACUUCUCUGGGGUCUACCUCUAGUCGGCGUAAACCACUGCGUAGGCCACAUCGAAAUGGGACGCGAGAUCACAGGAGCUGAUAAUCCCGUGGUGUUGUACGUGUCAGGUGGUAACACACAAGUCAUCGCGUACGCAGAACGCCGGUACCGGAUUUUCGGCGAGACGUUGGAUAUCGCCGUAGGCAACUGUUUAGAUCGCUUCGCGCGAACGUUGGAGAUUAGCAAUGAUCCCGCGCCGGGGUAUAAUAUCGAACUCUUGGCGCGGAAGGGGGCGAUCCGGGGGAAGUUGCUGUAUCUACCGUAUGCUGUUAAGGGUAUGGAUUGCAGUUUUAGUGGAAUCUUAAGCGCGGCCGAUUUACUAGCUGCGCAGAUGCGCGAACAAGAGGCUAAGAUCGCGCGGGGUGAGGAGGUUAGUGAGGAAGAGAGGUUCACGCCAGAGGACUUAUGCUUUAGUCUCCAGGAGACAGUGUACGCGAUGCUGGUGGAAAUAACCGAGCGCGCUAUGGCACACGUGGGCAGCAACCAAGUCCUUGUCGUAGGCGGCGUGGGAUGCAAUGAGCGCCUACAGGAGAUGAUGGGACAAAUGGCUAAGGAGAGAGGCGGUAGCGUUUACGCCACCGACGAACGCUUCUGUAUCGACAAUGGCAUAAUGAUCGCCCACGCUGGUCUACUAGCAUACGAGACGGGAUUCCGUACUCCGCUAGAGGAUAGCACAUGUACACAGCGAUUUAGAACCGACGAAGUUUACGUUAAAUGGCGAGAUUGAACUCACAAACCUGACACGUCUCUUUGUGUUUGCAUGGACCUGUGUUCCAAAUUCAUUAUCGACAUUGUCUAACUUGACUUUAUACCUAUGCUUGCGCAGCUUUGACAUUUCCCUCAUAUACAUCCUUCUAUGUCGUGGCUUCAUGAUAUUCUCAUAAACCCCCUUUUAAUUACGGCGCGUGCCUCCGCCUGUUCAUGAACAACUCAUUACCAAAUCUG